AUGCUCAAUCCAGACCUAAUCUAAGAAUUCGAAGUGAAUGGAUACAACUUACCAAAAAUGGACAAAGCAUAAUGCAUCAAUCAAAUUAAAUACUUACUCUAAACUCAUCCAUUGGAUUUCGACUUUAUUGUAGCCAAUACGAAACUAACAACCAACUAGAUGAAUAUUCUGUAAUAAAAGACCCACAUUUCAACAAUCCUCAACUCUCCAAACGAUUAUAACAUUUCAAGUCCCCUUUUUGAUUUCAAACAAUUGAAUGAAUUACUUCCUAAUAAAAAUAGAUUGAAGAUUAAUGAAAUUAAGUCCAAAGUCGAAAACCUUCUCAACAGUAGUCACAUAGAUCCCCCACAGACGAUCAAAAAAAGAUGGUGGACAGAGGAGGAAGACCAACAACUCAAAGAUUUGGUGUCUUAAUAUGGUGCUAAAAAUUGGAAGAAAAUAGCAUCCUUUUUUUAAGACAGAACCGACGUACAAUGUUUGCAUCGUUGGCAAAAGGUUCUCAACCCAGAUUUAGUAAAGGGUCCUUGGACUCAAGAAGAGGAUGAGUUAUUAGGUAGAUUGGUGGUUGGCUACGGACCCAAGAAUUGGAGUCAAAUUGCCAAGCAUCUCCCAGGGAGGAUUGGGAAGCAAUGCAGAGAGAGAUUCCAUAAUCAUCUGGAUCCAAAGAUCAAUAAGGAGAGGUGGACCGACGAGGAGGACCAAACCAUAAUUGAGGCUCAUAAGAAACUAGGAAAUCGCUGGUCUCUGAUUGCUGGAUUAUUGAAAGGCAGAACAGAUAAUUCAAUUAAAAACCAUUGGAACAGCACAUUGAAGAGGAGACUCAAGAUGUAGAACCGAUGGGAAGACUUGCAGGUGUUGUAGAAUCAGGAUGACACCUAAAUCAAAGGAAUUCCUAGAAGACAUAUGCAAAGAAAAAUCAUCUAUUAAAAGACACCAGUGAAAAUGAUCAAACACGAUCCCGUGUCCAGAUAAUUGAAUUUUCAAACUCCAUAAUAAUCACCAUCAAAAUUGGAGUCACUUUCCAAGAGUUUAUUUAUUGUAUUCCCAAAUUUCAACUCAAAGCUGAUAAGUCUUUCAAGUGCAAUUCUUAUCAAAUAGUUGGGGGAGUUGGUUAAUUUUGAUCUUGAUUUCAAUAAAUAAUAUAGUUAUGAAUGAGUUUAUUAUUCAAUUAAAAUAAUAUUACAACAGAAUAUAAUA